AUGAGAAUAUUAUUUCUAAACUCCCUCCAAUUUGUCUUCCUCUUUUCUUCACCCCUAUUAUGGGCCGUGGAGGCCCAAACCCGAACAUGGGCCCAUCGGGUCGAAACUAAUAAUGAAGUCAUAACCACACUCCAAUUCUAUUUCCACGACAAGUUGAGCGGUCAAAACCCGAGUGUGGUGAAGAUUGCUCAAGCUCCACAAACAAACAGCUCCUCCACACUUUUCGGGAUGCUGGUGAUGAUCGAUGACCUGUUGACAGUUGGGCCCGACCCAUCAUCACGGGCCGUGGGCCGGGCCAGAGGUAUGUACGGGUCGGCCGGGAAAACGGGCCUGGACCUCAUCAUGGUCCUUAAUUACGGGUUCACUGACGGAAUAUAUAACGGGAGCUCGUUUAGCUUAUUGAGCAUAAACCCGGCCUUGCAGCCCGUACGGGAAAUGGCUAUCGUUGGUGGGACUGGGCUUUUUCGGUUGGGCCGAGGAUAUGCCUUGGCCCACACGCAUUGGAUUGAUGUGGCCACGGGUGAUGCUAUCGUGGGCUACAAUGUUACAAUUGCUACAUAUGUUUAA